UUUCCACAACCAUCUACGGCAGAUGCGUGCCAUUCUCUGCUAACUGACGCAAAACGUAACAUAAGUUACAUUUCUUUAUGAAUUGCUUAUACGCAGUGAAACCCGCGUGUUCUACUGUUUUAAACGUUUGUUUUACCAACUGUGCUUGUCUUAAUCCGCGGAGUACCCCGGUGAAUGACUACGAGCGAAUCCCGGAAGUGUUUGUUUACGUCUGUUGUCGCUGGUCGUCUCACGGGAAUGGCAGACGAAGCUCUAUUUGAGUUUCUCCAUAUGGAGAUGGUAUCACAUGUUUACAGGGAUCAUCAAUCUAGUAAAGGGGAGACGGACAAUAAGGACAGAGCUUCCCGUGUUUCUGUCCUGGAGGGGAUGGGCUUCAGAGUGGGGCAAGGGCUUAUUGAGAGGUUAACUAGGGACUCUCCCUGCUUCAAGGAUGAGUUGGAUAUAAUGAAAUUUAUUUGUAAAGACUUUUGGACAAAGGUCUUCAGGAGGCAGGUGGACAAUCUCAGAACCAACCAUCAGGGCACCUAUGUGUUGCAGGACAAUAAAUUUGCUUUGCUGACACAGCUCUCAAAUGGAAAACAGUAUCUGGAUCAAGCACCUAAGUACCUCGCAUUUUCAUGCGGUGUGGUGAGAGGAGCGCUGUCGAAUCUUGGUCUGGAAAGUGUGGUGACAGCUGAGGUCUCUGUCAUGCCAUCCUGUAAGUUUCAAGUGGUGAUCCAAAAAUUAUGACGUGGCACCACCACCAGAGUUCAUGCACCCUUCUCCUGCAAGUCGAGUUCUGAUGUUCCCAGACAGUGAAGUAUCUCCUCUCCCUCUCAUUACUGCACCAACAGAAAGAAUCAAAUGUAGAAGCCAAACAACCCAAGCCACUCCGUGUUCUGAUCUUCUAAGUAAUAAGUCCAAAACAGGCUUUGCUACCUUUUACUUGUAAUCAUCACAUAAAAUAAGAGCAUUACUCCCCAUUUGUUAAAUGGAGAUGUCAUGAAAAUAGACCACAAUUGUCGCUGUCUAAUAAAUGUCUGUGUCACAUGGAUGUAUUUGGAAAUAAAUUAAAAAUACUAAAAGACAGUUUCAGUCCUCUAUAACCACUCAAAAUGUGUUUACUGCUGAAUAUAUACAGAAGGCUGACAAAGGGUAAACAAAAAGAACAGGCCUGAAGGGGGUAGAUCCAAUAGGUGGUUGGGUAUGUAGAUAUCCCGCUUGGCUGAGGGCCCCGGUCUGUGCAGUGGUGGCUGGAUCUGUCACCAGGACAAUGCUACAAUCUGCCUACAUAACCAGUCACCAAUUGAUGCCACUGAAGCUCCAUCUUUACGCCCCUUUGUCACUGAUGCCGUUUUAUGGUUAUUAGGCUGCAGUCAGCGUCAGUACUCUCUGUCGUCUCUUGCUUCCGUUUGUCUUUUUUGCAUUUUAAGCUCGACUUACAAUUUGGUUCAAUCCACUAGCGCAAAAUCUGAAUACUUGUGAUUUCCCCACGGUUUUAAGAUUUUGAUCAAGAUAGUAAAAACACCAUUCUGCCAAAAGAUACUCUCCCAUGAUGAUGGUCCAAAAUAUCAUAUAGAUGCUCCCCUGAUGACAGAAACUGAUCGACAUAAUUUUCCUAAAAGUACUGGUGGUUCAGUUUGAGACGUUUUAAUCACUACAACAAAGUAAAUGUACGUUCCUAUUUAGCCACAAGAGGGCCACAUAAGACUGUUAUUACAUUAUAGGCACUCGUGCCAUGCUCUCACACACCUCCAAUUUAGCAUUUGAUAUUGUUCAUGGCUACGUUGUAAUUCAGUUAACACAUUUGAACAAAAGUCUUAUUGUAUGCGCACUUCAGUUGCUUCAUCAGCUUUAUGCACAUCAACUCAAAGUAAAAUGUUAACAAAAUCAGAAUAUGCAUGUGCUCCCUCUUUAGCCCAUUAGCUGCAAUCCACUGAAAACCCAAAUCCUCUCUGAAAGUAAGAAAACAAGUCUGAAGGCAGGAUUAGAGAGCGAGGGAGGGAGCCUGCAAGGGUUGAAGUUGCAGAAACUGGGUGGAGAAUGUGAGACUUGAGUCAAAACAUACUGGGGAAGGAGAGAAUUAGGAGCCUGACAGGAGGCUUGAGGGAAAUGAAAGGUCGAAAGAGGAGUUUAUUAUAGAUGGGAGGAGCUGGGGGCAGGGAGAAAUCAUGACAGGAAGACAUAGAGGAGGGUAUGAAUUAGAGGGGGAAGGCAGAACACAUGAAAAAGCAGAAUGUACCUGUUCCUUCAUGUCUUAGGGCUGUUUACACGACGACGAUCCAGCAUAAAUGGCAGUUUUUUCGCGCAGUUUUUGCCUUUAUUUGUGUAAGGUCUGUGUACAGAUGACAAUGUCAAAUAGCCUGAAGACACUAAUUUGUCAGUAACACAUGUGCCCACCAACCGCUCUUCCUCCUGGACUUAUCCAAAACGUAUUUUUCUUGCUCUACCUGGCAUAUAUUUGGUUAGGGAAUUUCAGUUACUGGACUAAUGUGUCUUUGCCGGUCUUGGUAAGUGUACACCUUACUGGAAAAGUGUUGCUAAGCUUAGUAUGCUGCAUAUACGCAACUACAGCCCUGUGCUUUUAAAACGGCCUGUUUUUAAACAUUUGCAUUUUUACUCACAAAAACACCUAUGUCUUGUUAAAGAGUAGCCAAAAUGUUUUUAUGCCAUUUUAUUUAAAAACAGUUGCAUAUAAAGAGAACCUUAGCUUGGGACAUCACCUGGUCAAUCAUGCGAUCACACUGAAAAUUUUGCCCCCUCGAUAAAUUGACGCGCAUAUAUGCUUUGCUUAACUUGUCUGUCUGUACCACACAGACUGGAUGACAAGAGGGUUCACUCUGCAUGUGUCUGUGCGCGUUGGUUCUAUAGUGGAAUGAACAGAGAGAGUGAACCGUCCUUUCAGCCUUUGUCUUCCAGUAUGUGGAGGCGGGGCUACUAGUGAGUGGAUACACAGACAGGGCGCGAGCAGAUAACAAGUUAGCAAGCGAACGCUAAUGUGAAUGAAGGCCCAAAAGCCCAGGUUUCUAAGCCGAAUGCCUUCGUCCCGACAAUCAGCGCUUACUGAGACGUUUGAUCGGCAAAGUAAAUAUAAAACGAAACAGCGCAAAAUGGUGCGUGCUCACAGACAGUGUCGCUCGCUACAUCGCAAAAGAAAAUGAUUUUUUAAUACAGUUGAAAAGCCAACAUUUUGGGAAAUACAGUACGACUUGCCUGGGCGAAUGUACGUGUCACAAAAAGCAAUUCCUGAACUGUAGAACCGAGUGAAAGAAGACGUGUUGAGGGACAUCAGAAACAUUUCAUUUUAUUCCGCCAUGACAGAUAUGUGGCCCAGCUGAAAUAUGACCCCUUAUAUUAAUUUAACAAUACACUACAUAACUGCAUGUAUGGUUUUUAUUAGUGUUUUUUUCUUACCAGAGACAGGGUGUAUGUUUUAUUGUUUUGGGUUAUUAUUGUGAUUUUUAUUUUUGUGCAUGUUUUGCUAAAAUAGUCCAUUUUAUUUUCAUAGAUUUGUUUUUGUUUGUUUAAUUUAUUAUGUUGUUUGCCUUAUUUAAAAGCUAAUUAAAGUUUAUUGCUUUUGAUACGAUGUACUCUCUUUAUUUUGCCAUAUAAUAAAUGAAAAAAUGUGUCUCAAAAAAUGUUGUCAAUAAUAUCACUUAUCGACAAUAAUUGGUAGGACAAUUAUUGUCCAGCAAAAUUUGUUAUCGUGACAGGCCUCCAGGCAUAUAAAAGUUUGUAAAAAAUAAAGUCACACAAAAUCUACAGUGAAUGUUGAAGAUUCCUGUUAGGAUGUACAAUUUGGAAGUAAACCAAAAUCUCAACUGGUUAAGUAUUGGAGAAGCCUCAUUUUAAAAAUGUAUCUGCCAGUGAAACAAAUAAUGAAUUAGUUUUUAUUUGAAUAUGUUUUGCUUAAUUGUUCAAAUUGAGGUAAUGAUUCAUAACUGUAUCCACGAUUUAAAUAACCAAACUAAGUGCUUUGAUUAGUUUCAGUCCAAUGGAAUCAAGUGAAGAUUUAAAGUCCCAGGAGCCUUAGUAUUGUGUUUUAUUGUUGUGUCAUCCAUGACUGAUCUCACGGGAUGCCGCUCACUCUUAUCCUCUUUUUUUUUUUCUUUAACCCUUGCUCCUGAGAUUACUUCUUUCCGCUUUUUACCUUGUCAUUCAACCUCCUCCACUCAGGCAUACUGGGAAUGACUCUCUUACUCUCACACGCAAGCACAAACUUUGUCUCUAUGGGCCAUAUGUUGACCUGUGGUGGACCUGAAUGCAGCCAUCUGCCUGACUAUUCUAUGCCCCACAGGGCGACAGUGUGGGAGAAUGUCUAUCAGAUACAAUACAGCUCACAGACACCAUUUGAGCACAAACACACACACACACACACACACACACACACACAUGCCUUUACCCCUUAACAGCAGCUAAUCACUUCCAGACACCCCCUCUCAUGUUAAAGGUGACAAGAUGGGGUAGUACUCGGAUGGUAGACAUUCAUAGCAGGGCAGAUACUAAUUUUUCUCUCUGUACUGUAUCUAUUGCUCUUUAGAGAAAAUCUUUAUUCUCAUGCAGAUAGUCCGAAUUAUCGAGAUAUUAUAUGGCAUACUAUUAGUUGAGCAUCAGUGAAGUAGAACUGAGCCCAGUUGAGAUACCCUUGAGUAAGGACCAACCCCAAACCUGCACAUGGAUGCAACACAUUCUCCUUUGUAUAGAAUACAUUUGUGCAUGUGUGUUUGUCUAAUACUUAAAACAGAAAUAUGUAGUGUAAAGACACGCUAGCCCUGGGGGAUUCAUAAUGGGCAAUAAUAAUUAAAGCAGUGUUGUGCUAAUGAAGCCAAUGGCUCCCAGAAGCCCUGUAAACUACUAAGAGUAUACGAUGUGAAAGGCGACAUCACUGAAGGAAAGAAAGGGAAGACGUAGGGGGUGGGGGGUUUGGACUGGCUUGGUGGCAAGUUAAGGGAGAAAGGAAAUGGGUGGGAGACCAAGCUUGGUGAGAUUAAACUCCCAAACAAAAGACUUCUUAUCUCCACAUGAGAUCUCCACAGCAGCCUGCUGUCACACAGGCUCCAGCAGGCCUGGGGACUGCUUGUUUCUCUUCAGUUUUGCACAGCUUUGAACACGUAAACACACAGAUGUCCCCAAUAGACUUGAUACUGUCACUCUCAAACAACUUGACAAGGUAAACAACAAACUUUCAAACACUACUGCAAACUGGCCAUUUCAGAAGACAUUCCUGUAUGUUUGUAUCUGUGCUACCGCUCACAAGAAGUAAGGUAGUGUAACUUGAAGGACGUGGUUAUAGAAGACAAUGUAUAACAUGCAUCCUCAAGCAGUGUACGAUACAAUGUGGGUUUAUGUACCGCUAAAGUGGAUCAACAAAGCAAAUCAGCUCAAGCGAAACUUUGU